AAAUAAUUUUUUUUACUUGGAAUUCUGGUGGUUAGAAAUAGCCUAAGCAAAUAUUAUUUUUAUCAGAAUAGUGAACAAAGUAGUUUUUAUCACGAUAGUGAAUAAAAUGAAUAUAAACAAUGAAUGAUGAGUAAAAGAGUAUGUUGUAUAUCUUGGUAAAUGUCAUCUUUAAAGUCUCAGAGUCUUGUAACAUUGCUAAGGAGGUAUACCUACCUUGGGCUUCUGAAAUUUUAGUCCAGAAUUCUUCACAUGCUUGUGGAUCAUCUGUGGGAGAACGCUGGGCAGGUUUUUUCCAGAAAAUGUGCAUACUUUUAUCAGGCGUGGCCUGUGCUAGGCCUCCUGUUGUUUGGAGGAUGGGCCUCCUAGAUUGAUUUUUUUUUUUUUUUUUAACUCCUAAGGUCUUUCUCUUUGUUGAUUAUGUAGUUCUCCUUUCUAGGAGAUUUCCUCAUUGCUGUCGUCUACUAUUAUUUGUAAACUUUUAAAUCCUGCCGUUGUAUUUUUGUUUUUCAGUAACUAGGAGGUUCUCAGAAUGUUCCUGUUCUUGUUUCACAGAAACAGUCUGGUCUCUGAUUUCUGAGAAUACUCACCGUAGCCAUGUGCUGCACACGUUUUCUUCUCCGUGCAUUGUGCCUAUUCUGAAUUCCUUUCCCGUUUCUUUUUUUUUGGCUCUUUCAUGAGACAUGUUUUGGGCUUUCUUCAAAACAUCUGCUCAUGCUGUUCGUUCAUAUCUAAGAGUGAGACAAGCUGCAGCUGGGCCCACAGGUCUGCGUACAGGGUGUCAUCUGCCUGCAUCUCAGAGAAGUCUGGCAGUGACCCUGACCUUUCUCUUGGGGUUCCUUUGCAUCUUGGUGUCUUUAGACCUUUUCUCCUGGGCCAGAUCCUAUCACAUAGGACACUAUGCACCUUAAGAUCCUGAAGAAAAGGCGCAAAAUGUUCCAGUAAUGUUUAGAAAUAAUUUUUGAGGGAAAUCAUGCAGUCAUCAGGACACAGGCUUCGAGAUGUUGAACAUCAUCCUCUCCUGACUGAAAAUGAGAAUUAUGACUCCUCGUCCUCCUCCUCCUCUGAGGCCGACACGGCGGAUAGGGUGUGGUUCAUUCGGGACGGCUGUGGCAUGGUGUGCGCUGUCAUGACCUGGCUUCUGGUCGUCUAUGCCGACUUUGUGGUGACGUUUGUCAUGUUGCUGCCUUCCAAAGACUUCUGGUACUCUGUAAUCAACGGGGUCGUUUUUAACUGCUUAGCCGUCCUCGCCCUUUCAUCUCAUCUGAGAACUAUGCUCACCGACCCUGGAGCAGUACCCAAAGGGAACGCUACAAAGGAGUACAUGGAGAGCCUGCAGCUGAAGCCGGGCGAGGUCAUCUACAAGUGCCCCAAGUGCUGCUGUAUCAAGCCCGAGCGUGCGCACCAUUGCAGAGCCUGGGACACUAACACCAGACCUCUCCUUUUCAGUAUUUGUAAGAGGUGCAUCCGGAAAAUGGACCACCACUGCCCCUGGGUGAACAACUGUGUGGGAGAGAAGAAUCAGAGGUUUUUUGUGCUCUUCACUAUGUACAUAGCUCUGUCUUCAGUCCAUGCUCUGAUUCUCUGUGGAUUUCAGUUUUUUUCCUGUGUCCGAGGGCAGUGGACGGAAUGCAGUGAUUUUUCACCACCAAUAACUGUAAUCCUGUUGAUCUUCUUGUGCCUUGAGGGUCUUCUGUUUUUCACUUUCACUGCAGUUAUGUUUGGCACCCAGAUCCACUCGAUAUGCAAUGAUGAAACGGAGAUCGAGAGACUGAAAAGCGAAAAGCCCACGUGGGAGCGGAGGCUUCGCUGGGAAGGGAUGAAGUCUGUCUUUGGGGGUCCCCCCUCACUCCUCUGGAUGAAUCCCUUCGUAGGAUUCCGAUUCAGGCGGCUGCAGACAAGAACCAGGAAAGGAGGCCCAGAGUUCUCUGUUUAAGUCCGCUCAUCAUGCUGGAACUUGUUCACGUACUUUAAAUUAUUUAUUUGGGGUCUGAAAGGGUAUCAGCGCUCAUCUGUGACCAGUAGGACAAACUGAACCUACACAAACAAAUUGCUUGCAGCAAGCAGAGUUUUAUAUAUUUAUAGUCACAGAUGGCAGAUUUUCCAAACCAAUAACUGGAUGAUACUCUGACCAGUGUUCACCUGUAUGACUGAUGCAUGGGGUGUGGCUACACCAGGAAGCCAGUUGUCAUUAUCUUCCUGCACAGUUAGGAUUUUUGUUAAGAAUACUUUGCAUUUUAUAAGAAGCUCUUUGGGAUAUUAUAUGGGUUAUUACAGUCCUGUGAAUGAGCUGCAUUUUUCAGUCAUGAGGAAGAUAAAAACCAAUCUGGUAAACACAAAUUCCCAGACUGGCCACUCCAGGGAGUCCCUGUUUACUCAGGAUUCAUGAGUGCUCCCCGUGAUCAUAGUGGGGCAUUUACAUAGAAACACAUCUUGGUCUUGAUUCGCUGUGACAUUUUCUUUGCACUGAAGUUGCAAAAGAUCUGUGUGCCCAGAGCAGCCCCGGCGGGCUCCAGGUCCAUGCCCACCACCCCGAGAAGCGGCAUUCUUUAACCCUUUCAGCACAUCCUGUGUGCGUGCGUGUAUGUGCGUGUGCUGCACUUGUGUUUUGAAACUAGCGGUGUUGUUGAGAUGAUAAAAUGUUGAGUGGCUGUGAACAGCAAACAAGCUAUUUUUUAGAAACCAACAUUUCAGGGAAGAGGGGCGAGCUGCUAUGGUGCCCUCCUCCGGCGGGCUCACUCUGAAUGAGCUGCUGCAGUGCCCUCCUCCGGCGGGCUCACUCUGAAUGUAUUGCAGGUUGGAGAAUAUCUCGAUCCAAAGAACAGUCAUUCCCGUGUGGUCCUGUGUUUUCCUCCCGUUUUCAUUUUAUUUUCAAAUCUUGAGUGCGUGAGGGCCUUGGAAUGAAUUUUUUUGUCCCCAAGUGAGCAGUAUAUAACUGGCACCCUCAGUAAGAGAAGAGAAAAACCUCAUGGUGGCCUCGAACUUUGUGUAGCUCCACGAUGUGAUGCUGUCAUCAGUGUGCAGGAGGAGGGAGGCAUGCCAGCAGUGAAACACCACAAGAAACAAGGUGUUUGCCUGUUGACACCUCUGAGAAGGGGAGGGGACCGCAAGGCCACUUGCCCGGUAACAGGGACAACUUUGUGCCUUGGUUGCAGGUGACAGUGGAAGACAGGUAUGAAAGCACUGAGCCAGUGAAGAAUAUUCAGAGUGAGAACAGCCUGUUUGAUCUUAGAUGUCAUUUAUGUUUGCUUUUCUACCCACCUCACAAGUGAUAAAAUAGGAACCUUGAUGCAGAACUUAAAAUCAUGCCAGAAAGCAAAUGCUCCCCGCUUGGGGGACUUGCCUUAACCCUACCUGGUUUGUGCAUUCUUUGCGAGAUGCAUCGAGAAGCAAUCGAUAGCAAAUUCCGGAGGUCUUCGUUUGAGUUCGCUUCCCACACUAAGAAAAACUGGUGUUUCCCUCCUGUUCUGUUUAUCUGUGGACUGUUUUAUUAUUUUUUAAAUUAAUCUGUACCCUAUCCUAAUCAGGACUUAUACCACUGUUGAUGCAAAAUCACAAAGGGACCUACUUGAUUCACCAUUGGUAGCCAAGUGAACAAAACCGUGUGAUGAUUUUGAAAUGGAACAAAUCACUACGGAAAUGUGCGAGCUAUUGGGAAUGGACGUCACAGCCAGAGGAACAAGAGCACCUGUUGUGGGUGAUCAGGAGAUUGUCUUGCAUAUCCAUUUGCACAUCUGUUGUCUGGAUUGGACAUGUAUAUUGGGCUUCAAUGUGAGGCUUUUAAUAUGUAUAUCCUGUUUAUCAAUAAACAAAUUAUCUAAGUGGUCAAAUCCUGUAACACUUGGCAAGUUUGUGCAAGUCAAGUAUACUUGCCUUUUCAGCCUCUUCUUUCAGUGUAACUUUUAUAUGAAAUAAAGUAACCAAUUGAUAGUUCUCAGAGAAUUGAUGAGGUGGCAGAAGUUCUUCAUGGAUGUCAGUGCAUCUUCGGUGGCUGGUCUACCCUUUCCUUUCCUCGGUACUAUCCUUAGCCCCCCGGCUGUCCUAGCCAGGUCUGUGCUGUUUCCCGACCUCUGAGUGCUUUAGUGCACUGAUGAAUGGCUCCAGUGUCCCCUCCAAACCCUAGUCAGUCAGGCACUACUCUCCCCGACUUGCCACACCCACAC